UUUAAACUGUAAUGAGCAUUCCAAUCUAAAAUUAACACCUUGUUGGAAAUUUCAGCGUAUCUUGUUAUUAGCGAUAUUUACUAUUGGUAGGUCACAUAAUCUAAGUUUUAAAGUAAUUUUUUAAAGACAUUCUUCUUCCUUUUAAGUGUCAAAUACAAGUCUAAGAAGUUUACUACUAAGUCUAAUAUCCAACGUUUAACUAAAAAUAGCCUAGGCCUACUAGCCUACUGAGAGUAGUCUUAGUCUUAGCCUUUACUUUAUGAAGUUUGUCACUCAGACUUAAUACCACUAACUUAGUUUACUCCAAGUUUACUUAGUGAUGUAAUAAAUUAGUGAAGUAUUACUUAGUUAUUUAGUAAAGUCGUAUAACUUAGUAUUUUUGGUCUUAGACUUGAAUUAACUUAAGACUUAGGCCUAGGUCUGUACACUGUACACUGUUAAGUGUUGUAGUUGUAGUCUAUUACUAGUAGACCCACUGGACUCUUGAAUUAAUGGAACUUCUUAGAUUCUCAGGAGGCCUAAACUUUAAGGUUAAAAUUUAAAUAAUAAAGGAAAUUUAAAAGUUGGGUAUUAUUAUUUAAAGUUGACCAAUAUUUCAUGUCAUUUAAAAUUUAGACUAGACCAGUGGUCGGCAAACUCAUUAGUCAUUAGUCAAAAUAACCAAAAAUCAGCGUCAGGACAAUUACAAAUUUUUUUAGAACCUGUCAAGAGCCAUGUUUUUCGAAGUCAGUUUAAACUAUCUACUAAACAUUAAAUACAACCAGUUAUAAUAAUAAUAAUAAUCUUAUUUAUUAUUAUCGACAAAAUAUUCAAAACACGCAUUAAACAUUAAAUUCAACCAGAUAUUAUAAUAAAAAUCUUAUUCUUAUUGACAAAAAAUACAAAAAUCAAAACUCGCAUUUAAUGUGAACUAUGAAUUUGAAUAUCCUUGGAAAGUUUUAAGUCUAGUUUGUAUGCUGUUGAUUUUAAUUUCAAGCAGGAUUCCAGAUUCUCAUCAGUAAGACGAUUUAUAAAUUUACUCUUGAUGGGGUUCAUGCUUGAAAAUGAUUUUUCACAUGAAUACUUAGAGCCAGAGAGCCGCAAUCAGGUCGCUAAAGAGCGGUUCGCGGGCAUGGGGCGAGCCGUGAUUUGCUGACCACUGGAUUAGACUAAUCUAGUAGUAGUAGGCUAUACUUUAUUAUAUAAUAAAUCACAAAAGAAAUGAAAAUGAAUGCAGAAUUUAAAUGACAAUUGAUUUACAAAGAAACGUUUUAAAGUAGGCCUAAAACUACAAAGACUAAAUCAAUUAUUCUUAAUUAGUAACUUUUAUUAGCAUUAGGUCUUCACAGUGGCAAAUGAUAUGGGGGGUAACGGGGCUGCCCACCUCAGGUGACAUUUUCUUUUGUCUUAUAAGUUUUAUGGACAUGGAAAAGUGGCUUUUCGCCCAACUAAUGUCAUCACUAGAUUUUUUUGUGGAACGGGGUGGCAAAAUUCUCGGCCUGGCACAGGUGACACUAAGCCUACUUGCUCUGCCACUGGGUCUACAACCAGGGCAAACUCUUAUUUUAGCAUUAGCAUUGCUAAUUGUUUUGUCAUUAUUUUAUUACGUAUCAUUUUUGAUAAUUCUUUAUGUGAUACUAUUACUAUUACUUGUCAAUGUCAAUGGGCCAGUCUAUUUAAUAGACAUACGAAACAAAUUUUAUCAUUUAUAAGUUAUUAAUAAUUUCGGCCUGCCUAAUUAAAUUUUGUUUAUGUUCCUUGUUACUGUUACCGCCUAUAUUAUUUAAAAGAAUCAGAAUCUAUUUAUGCAUGCUACUUAAUUUCAUUUUUUAUCUGCGUCUAACAAAUACCUACUUUAUUUUUUACUCAACUUUUAUAGCAUAAGAAGGCUUAGGCCUUCUAUAAGCUAAGGUUGUUUUUAUUCAAUAAGGCAAACUAACUUUCUAAGUCUUUCAAAACAAUCAGCUUUAAAAAAAUUGUACCAAAACAAAAAAAGUUCCAGCCAUCUCAACUUUUGUCAUUUAAGCUGUAAGCUACAUUUUUUAGCCUUAGCUCUUCUGUUAUUGAUGUGCUCAGUCCAAUUUACUCAAAGUCAAAGAAAACAUCAACAUCUUAGUGGCAAGUAUGCUUAAUAAAUGACCAAUUAAUUUAUUAACUAUUAUUUAUCAAACUUCACUUUAAAAUAUUAACGACAUAUGCUGACAUUUUGUUAAUUCUUCCGACAAAUUUUUUACAGUUGUCUGUGAAUUAAUAAUUAAAAAAUUCUAAAAUACAAUUACUUAUAAUGAUCUUUAAAAUACGAAGGAAAAUAAUAACCUAACUGUUACGCACUGGCUUCUAAUAUGAGAAAGUAAUCUCCUAUUUUAAUUUUAAUUGGCUCGUUGUAAACAGUGCCUACUAAAGGACGAUACCAUAGAGUCAACAAUAUUAAAGAUACGACACCCAAAUUAGUUGCCGGUUACAAUUAAUUAAGAUUUAUUUUUAUUAAGUAUUAAUACAUUAACAAAAAAAAAGAAAUAUAAUUAUAAAUCAUUAACUUACAGUAUGGUAGAUCUUGUACCGGUACACAGUUAAUACAGUUAGGAAAAUGUGCCAAUGAAUAAUGAUGAAUGUGAAAUAAACACAUAUGAGAAUGAGCACACAAAUACAGAAAGUAAGAAUAAUACAUGUCUCGUAAAGUUAAUAAUUUCUAUCUGAAUCUCCGUCUCUCCGAGCCUGUCAAUUCUUUAUAUAGUUGGGUCAACCGACGCGUAAGCCCUGCCUUCUAGAAGCUACGCAGCAUUUCUGGAACAAUCACAAUCAUUCUACAAAAUACUAUUUAGGACAGAUUAAUUAUUUUUAGUGGCUGUUGGCAUCAACACGACAGAUCAAAAGACUAAGCCACACCCAUCUGUGAACACAGCGUCUCAUGCGGGGUCAAUCAGAGUGCACGCACGAGAAAAAUUAUGUAAACAAGCUCUAUAUAACACUAACCAUAUAUGAAGAUCAUUGAGCUAAUAACCAAAUAGAAUGAGUUUAUGUUAUUUACUGUUUUUUAGCCUGUCCCCAGCAUUUUUUAUCUUAAUCAAGUUCAAAUUAUUCUUUGACAUACACACAACUUGAAUUAGUGUAUUAAAAUUAAAAAAUCUUGUUAAGACUCACAUAGACAAUUUGUUACAAUUAGAACUGUCACUCACCUACACAUAAUAUAUUUUAUAACUAGAUAAGAUUAGACAAAUGUUGAAGUUUAGGUUCAAAAUAUUUUAACAUAAUGCUGAUUGACUUGAAGUUGAGAUUAAAAUUUAAAAAAGUAAAAUCCAGAAUUAUAAUGACAAAAGUAUACUAACUUGCUAAUAGUAAACUUCAUACACUAAUGAUAGUUUAAAUUAUUGGUUAAUUUUUUCUUUUUCAAAAAAUUGAUAUUUUGACAUUUUUAACAGCUUCUUAAAAAAUCUCUCUAUGGUUAACCAACCCAUACAAUAAUCUUAUGGAGCAUUUUGAUUUUUGCAAUACAGUUACAAUUGACAGACCCAAUGGAAAAAAAAUGGGAAAAAAAAAUUCCUGCCUUUUAAUUAUCUCAAUUGCCUUUAGGCCAUUUAUGAAUUGUUUUAAAACUAGUCUUCUCUCGUCUGCCAUUGUGGGUCCAGUAAAAUGGAUGUGAAAUAUUUUAUUAACCCAAUCUUAAUUUCAUUUAUUUUACCUAAUGAACUUAGAUUUGAAAAAUAAAUGUUUUAAUGUUCUCCUACAAAAUUUCACUUUCACCUUACAUUUAGAAAUCUAAUACUUAACCUCAUCAAUAAGUCUUAUUUAAAACUGUAUCGCUAUAACAAUAAUUAUAAUUGAAAUUUAAUUAUCAAUUUCCUUGGAUCCAGACAUGAGUCUAGCUGAGAUUAAUGAGAACACAAGAACUGGGCGUGAAAGUGCCUUACUUGGAGACUAUGACACUGCCAUGGUGUACUACCAAGGUGUCAUCCAGCAAAUCCAGAGGCUGAUAGGCACAAUAAAAGAUCCUGAAAAGAAGAGAAUGUGGAAUCAGGUUGAGAUUUAAUUAACUCAUUAAGCAACCUCUCCAAAUUUUGUUUUCUGAUUAUCAUUCUUUACUUACUAAUUAUAACUUUAAUGGAUUUUGGAUAAGUUAUUGAAUAGAAAAAUUAAUGUAACAUUGAUUUUAUUGGGGCUCUUAUUUCUUUGCAGCAAUAUCUUUUAAGUUUAUUUUUCACAGAAAUUAAAAAAAGUCUUAUAAACAUAUUUUAAAAAGGAUGCUUCUUUCGGACCCGUACAGAGUUUGGGGUUAUUAAAAAAUAUUUUAAAAUUAUUGUAGGGUUUGUAAGACAAAAAUUGGUAUCAAAUAAAAGAUAAUUAAAUGGACUAUAUGUUUGUAAACUUACUUUUUCAGUUUAACUAAAAUAAAAUACCACAAAUGACAUACGGAUAGAAUUAAAUAAAAAUGGAACCGGAAACGCAUCCCCGCUAUUCGGACUCGGGUCCCAUUAGACUCAAGCUAUUCGGAUGUCAUUUGUGGUAGUUUAUGUUAGUUAAACUGAAGAAGUAAGUUUACAAACAUAUAGUCCAAUCAAUUAUCUUUCAUUUUAUACCAAAUUUAGUCUUAAAACCUAACAAUAAUAUUUUAUUUUAAAUUUUAAUCCCAACCUCUCCCUUCGUGGACCUGGGUCCGAAUAGCCACUUCGUUUUAAAUAUCUGCAAGAAGCAAAAUAAUUUUUACGAUUGAUGAUUUUGGAUAUGGUUUUAAAUUGGUCUUCUAGUCUAUUGGCUAUUGGUUUGAUAGAUUUUAAAUGAAGCUUUUAUAAACUUAAAAAAAAUACCAGUUAUUUCCAUUUAAAUCGCUCUAGAACAUACAAGUCACAAACGAGAUGAACAACUGGGCACAAAAAAAAUUUGUAGAAAGAAAUGAUUUUAAAAUAAAAUUUAAUACAUUUUUAUGUAUUUAAAAAAAAAAGUAUGCACCAAUACCUGCUGAGCAUGCUAUGAAUGCUGUACUUUUUAAGCUCUUCAAGACAUGACAUGUUCUAGUGAAAGUCAGUAAAUGUUGUCUUGAAAGCCAUCAUUAAUUUGUUUUGUUUUGUUGUUUUAAGCUGAAGCAGGAGGUCAUCAAAGAGUAUGAACAAGUUCAAGAAAUCAAUAAGACAUUGCAGUCCUUUAAGACUGAAUCUGUUCAUAGUCCCAAUGGUGCCUAUGGUGCAUUCAGUGGCUAUGACAGAGGAUUUAACCAAGAUUACCAAGAUCCACGUCAUGAACAGCCUACUCGAGAUCCAGAUGUUUGGCCUCCACCUACACCGGUUGAACAGCGGUAAAUUUGAAAAUUUAAAUUCUGAUAAAUCAAGAGACACCAUGUAAGGUGUAGAGUAAAAUGCUAAAGUUUUCAACGACGCCCAUCUUCAGGGUGAUGGAAAUAAAAACGUAAAAUCAUUUUUUAUAAUAAUACUAAGUACAACUCCUAAAAAAAAAAUCCUGUGGAAAAAAGGAUACCAGACCUCAAGAUAAAAUUUGCAGGCAAAUGGUACACUUUGUGUGACUUGUGUGGGGAUCUGUUACUCUGGAAUAUUUAAAAUAAUUUUUUUUUAUAUUUGGAAGAAAAAAAAACUUUUCUGUAAUAUUUAGAGAACAUGACUGUGUUAGAAAUGAUGAAAGUUUACAUUUAAUAAAUUGACGACAGAAUAUGAACUGCCUUGAAAUAUGACUAUAAUCUUUUCAACUCUUAAGACCGUCUCCAAAUAUUAGAGGUCAGCAAAGGCCAGCACAGCCGAGAGGUGCUUCCAACGGCAGAGCCGCCCGCCCUGCUGCCCCCAGCCAGAGCAGACAAAAUGCUGGUACACCGGGGCCACCUAAAGGUCGUGCUGGGGGAAGUGGCCGUGAUGCUAGUGCUAAAGGAAAGAAAGGGGAGCCAGUAAGAAGGAUUGAUUAGACAUUUCACAUUAAAAGAAAAUUCUUAUUAGGAUAUUUUACCUAUUUCCUGCUAUUUAAAAAACAUGGCCCAUUGUUUGUGUUUAUUUUUUUAUUCUCUUUGCAUAUUUUACUGAACUAAUCUAUAAUUUUAUCUACAUAUAUUCAGACCGAUGAAAAGAAGUUUGAUGCACAAGGUCAUGACAAAGAUUUAGUUGAACAUCUUGAGCGAGACAUAUUACAGAGAAACCCAAAUGUUCGAUGGUAAGGAGAGAACAUUGUAUCUGUUUCAUGUAUAGUAUUCUACAGAUUAUUAAGUACAAUUACGUUUCUGACGUAGUCUCAACAUUAUGGAAAAAUUGAUUACUUUCCUGACAUAGUCUUAACAAUAUGGCAAAUUGAAAAUUAAUAUUGUUUUUAAAACAAAAAAUUUUUUUAACACUAAUUUGUUUAACAAUAACACAGUAAUAAAUGUUUAAAUAAAUAGCUAAAUUUCUAUACAGAUUAUAAAAAACUUUGUUGCCUGCAUUAAAUUAAGCAGAUUUUUAUUUUGAUGGCAUGUGAUGUUUGAGCUUGUGGACUUCCCUGUCAUCUUCACGUUAAUACUUGCAUGUGAUGUACUGACAUGUUUGUAACAUGAAAGUAUGGGUUACAUUUAAUUGCUUUUAUUUUCAGGGAUGACAUAGCAAGUUUGACAGAGGCCAAAAAGCUUUUGGAAGAAGCGGUUGUUUUACCACUGAUUGUUCCAGAUUUUUUUAAAGGCAUCAGACGACCAUGGAAGGUGAGCUGUUACAUUGACCUAAUUGUUAUAUUUCUUGUUAUUUAUUUAUUAUUUCUUGUUUUGUAUUGUCUGCUGAAGAGGGCGUUUAGUCAAAGUGUCUUAUAAAUUUAAGCCUAAACAUAUCUUGUUCCACAAUUUAUUUACUGUUACAUUUCUCAGCUCUUUCAUAUUUUUUUGUGUGUGUUGGUCUUCAAAAGUGCUAAUUUCUACUUCAUUUUUAAAAAAAAUAAAUCGCAAAAUGUCUUAAUCAUAAUCAUUGCAAAACAGUGUGAUUAAAUCUUGAAUUUUAUAUAUGAGUGACCCAGAUCUUAAAUGAUAUUGUAGGUUUGUUAAACAAAUAGCAAUGACCACUAUAAUAUAAUGAUGACAAUUAUUUCAAUUCAAUAGUUCCAUUAUCUUUUAAGUUUCUCUCAUUGCUUGCUUUUUAUUCCUAGAGGAUUUCUUAUUGUAUUUGGCUUGUCUGUCUAAAAAAUGAUGGUUUUACGUAAAACAUGAUAGCUUAAUACAAAUGUAAAUGCUAUUAUGGCCAUAAUAUUGUGUUUAUGUUUAAGAUCAAAAUGCUUGGCUUAGUUCUGUCACUUCAGACAUGGUUUAUCGCAGCUACUGUAAAUUCAGCUUCAAGUGGAACUUAUAUAAUUUUGUCAUGUGAUUUGUCAGGGUGUGCUCAUGGUGGGUCCACCUGGGACAGGAAAGACCUUGCUUGCUAAGGCUGUGGCCACUGAGUGUGGAACAACAUUUUUUAAUGUUUCAACUUCCAGUCUCACAUCCAAGUGGCAUGGGGAGUCAGAAAAGCUCGUUAGACUUUUAUUUGAGAUGGUAAGUAUUAAUUGUGGGGAAUAUCUUAUCAUUAUAUGUUAGUCGUGGGCAGUUACUUAUCAGUUAAAAUUAUCAUAAAUUAACACAAUGUUUAUAUGUGGGAACCAUUCACUUUUUGUUUGAAAAAAUCUCUAAAAUGCCAUGUCCUGGUAUAAUGCCUUCUCUUUAUAUUGUUCCAUAACAUGUUUUUUUCUUCUCCAGAACCAUGAAACUUUAGGUUGUAAAACAGUUAACUCAUUAACUCUGUCAACAUGGACAAUAUAUAUUUAAGUGGAUUUAAAUUCAAUGCAGGAAUCUGUAUAGUAUUACUGAAGCAAGCAUAAUUAACACAUAAAUUAUCAUUAAUUGCUCUCAAGUUCAACAUCUGAGUCAUUUUUUUAUUUUUACAAAAUUGCCAUUCAUUGGUGUAAAAACUAAAAAAUGUAUGAAAAUCUGGCUUAGAAGAAAUUUUCAUUAAAAGUUGUGACUUAUCCAUAAAAAAAGAAUUUUUGAAUGCAACAAAAGGGAGAGCACAGAUAAUUUUUCAUUUUUGCUUUGUUAGAAUAUAAAGUGUUAAUGAAAAGAAUGCUUACAUGCGCAUAUAAUGUAAAUUACUAAUUUAAAAUGUCAUUUUUUUGCCAUAAAUUUUUUGCAUUAUAUUAUGCAGUAACAUCUGGUAGUUGUGGAGAAUCUCAGGUCAUCAAAUGUUAGUUUUUAUUGAAAACCAAUGGUUAUCAGUAAAGCCAACAUUUAAGAUUGUUUGGAUUUAUUAAAUGUUACAUUUUUAAUACAGAAUGUGAUACAAUUAAUUAUACCUUUUAUAGCUUCAAAUCUUUCAUAUACUUCUAAGGCAAGAUUUUAUGCCCCAAGUACAGUAUUUAUUGAUGAGAUUGAUUCAAUUUGUUCCAAACGUGGUUCUGGGUCUGAACAUGAAGCAAGUAGAAGGGUCAAGUCAGAAAUUCUUGUACAGAUGGAUGGUAAGCUGUUGAGUUAAUUGACAGAAUAAGAUUAUUUACAACAAAAGAAAUGUAAAAAUGUAUUACAAGCCAUACAUAAUCCUCCAAAAUCCACACUUGCAAGAUCACCGAGUGUGUUAUUACUAUUUUAGUGCUUAGAAACAAAACUGAUAUCUAUUUGACAUGUAAUUUAAAAUGAUAUUUAAAUUUCUCUAGCUUUUUCUGUUGAAACAAAAAAAAUUGUGUUUGGGGAGAACAUUAAAGAAACUAGCAAUAGAUGAUGUACCACCAUUAUCUAAUUUUAUAAUAUGUCUGGGGGCAUAUUCAGUACUUUCAUAUUCAAACUUACCUGUCCCAGGCUUUCCUAGAGUUGGAUUUAAAAAAAUAUUUUAUUAAUUCAAAAGGAAAAUUGUAACAAUUUACUUGCUGUAAUGGAAUGUUCACACGGUUUCUUACAUUUCUAAAACCAAUUGGUUGACAUCAGAUCUAUAAUGUGAAAACCAUAUUGCCUGUUAUGAAAUAGUUGUGCAGUUUAGUCGGUUCGUCUAUUUACACUUCACAAAAACUCAGGUGUCAGCAGUGUAAGUGAAAGUGAUGAUGCCGCCAAGGCUGUGAUGGUUCUGGCAGCCACAAACUUCCCAUGGGAUUUGGAUGAAGCUUUGAGGAGGAGGCUGGAGAAGAGAAUCUACAUUCCUCUGCCAGAUGGUGAGUCUCGAACAAUAUUAGUCUAAGAUCCUAUUAUAAUCAACUGUUCAGAGGUGCUUAGUUUGGGCUGUAAUUUUAUUUGUUUUUGCCCACUUUCAUUUAUUGAUUAAUAUUUCUCAUUAUGUCGGACUAAGAUGAGCAAAUUUCUCUGAUAAACAUGAAAAUUCAAAGGAAUAUUUUUUUGUGUAUGUUUUAUUUAAAGAAAUAUUUAAUAUAUAUAAUAUAUGUUAUAUGAGAAAAAUAUCCUAGUGAUGUACUAAUUAAUGAUACAUUUUACACCUAGCUGAGGGUAGAAAACUGCUGUUGGACAUAAACUUGAAAGAAGUAGAAAAAGGAGAAGAUCUGGAUUUGGGCAAAAUUGCUGACAUGUUGGAUGGGUAUUCUGGUGCUGACAUCACCUGUGUCUGCAGGUCAGUAUAUUUAAGUGUUAUAUUUAUUUUAACUUGUGUAAAAACUUUCUAUUUAAGAAUGCAUUUAUAUUUUUAAAAUUCAUAUUUUGAACGGUUUUUGCUUUAUGUUGCCAGAGAUGCAGCCAUGAUGUCAUUCCGACGGAGAAUAGCAGGCCUGCGCCCUGAGGAUAUUCGUAAUAUUCCUAAAAAUGAGUUGACAUUGCCCACCACCAUGGACGACUUCACUGAAGCCAUCAAGAAGGUAAACAAGAGCGUCUCCCAGGAAGACCUUGAGAAGUACAAGAAAUGGAUGGAAGAAUUUGGCUCAGUGUGAGGCGGAGGGUUAAUGCUUUAUCUAGACAAUGUGUAGUCCCAGAGGAGGAAUGUCUGUAGUACAAAAUUUUGAGAAUCAUGGCCUUUCCUUCCUCGCAGUGUGUCAUUAUAUUGCUUCCACUGUGGAAUGGUUUAUAAAUUUUUAUUACAACGUUAUCUGUUGAUUUAGAGGUUGAAGUCAGCAUAUCCCUCACUCUCCCAACCCCCCUAAUCUGACCUCCAGAUACCACAGUGUAUUUUUAAAAAAAUGGGAACAAAUUGUGUCCUGGUGUCUAUGCAUUAAAUGCUGUCAAUCCACUUGAUGGAUGUCCUACGUAAAUGCAGUGGUUUUUUUGUUUACAUAGCUUUUAGACAGCUGCAGUAAGAGUGACAAUAGUGUUUUCAUAUUUUGUGAUUUUAGGCAUAUUUAAAUCGUAAAGAUUUAUUCACGUCCACUAAGCCCAGAAGUAGAUCAAUAUUUUAGGGUGCAACUCAUAUAUUACCAAUAAAACUAUAUGAUUGAGGAAAUCUUCUGGGUAUCUUUAUUUGAACUCAAGUCUUCUACUACUGCAGCUUUGUUUAAACUCCUUUAUCUUUGAACACAAUUAUUCAGCCAUUAGGUUGUAAAUAUAGAUAUAAUGCUGCACAAUAAAAUUGUUACCAUAAUAGUGCAGCAAAGCACUAGCUUAUUGAAACUAUUUUCAUCUUACCAUGUACUUUUCUAUGGUUUGGACCACUGAUGUUACUUGCAUAAAUAGUUUAACAUUGCUGCAAAAUAAAAUUUUUACCCUAAUGCAGCAAAGUACUAGCUUUUUGAAACUAUUUUCAUCUUACCAUGUACUUUUCUAUGGAUGUGACCACUGAUGUUACUUGCAUAAGUAGUUUAACAUUAUUAUGACUAAUCACGAGAUGCACCUAAAACUGUUUAUUCAUGGUGCAGCAUGCUCCUGACUUUUGCAUACGUUUUAAUGAUAAAGUUCAUUUUAAAAUGAAAAUCUGUAUUAAAAAAAACAAACAGGGUAGUACAUGGUGACCAUACAUUUUAAUCAAGUGGUUAUAGAAAACUGAAUAGCCUCCCCCAGGACCCAAGCCAUGGAUUUGAGACCCUUGUUUUAUUAAAUUGUAGAGUUUCAUUGAAUAUGAGUAUGUGAUGCCCAGUCUCAAUUUAUUAACAAUAUGAUUAGGAAAACAUAAAAGCUAAGGGAUAAAAAUAUACCAGCUCAGUGGGCUACAAAAACCCCUUGUUAUUAUUAAAUUGGAAGUGCAAUCUGCCAAAGAAAUGAGAGUUAAGGAAACAAUUUCUGUGCUAAAUUUUUUUUUUAAAGUUCAGAUAAACAUUGUAUACAGGUUAAAAAAUAAAAGCAAAUGUUGAUUUAUCACAACUACCCAACUUUGUUUGCGAGGGGACUUUGCAACUAUUUAACCUUCAUUCACAAUCGUUUAGUUCAAACUUCAAGGAUGGAUUAUUUGAUCAGUGCCUAGGAGGAUAGGAACACUUGUUAUUGCAUUGAUUAGGGACUUGCACACUCCUUCUAAAACAGGAUGCAGUUUUCCCUAGGCUGGCCAAAGAAGACUUUAUGUACAUGACAACACAAUGGAACUGUUGGGAGACUAAGGCUGGGGUUCUUUUGUUUUUUCUUUCUUUCUGAGAAUAUGCUACGUCCUUCCUUCCGUUAGGAAGCACAGAUUAUUCCAUUCAUUGGUUCUGAGGUUUCCAUAGUGAAACUCAAGACAAUAUCAAUCUGGGGUGAGUGCGGAAAA